ACAAACUCUCAACCAAAUACACAGAGAAACAAAGAAGAAGAAGGAAGAUAAAAAGCAUUUUUCAAAACAAAUCCAAUAUUCCAUUCUCUCCGCCGCCUGCUUCCUCUCUCUCCGCCCAUCUCCACCCUCCAAACCCUCACCGCCGGCGACUAUGCAGCCCUGUAGCAGAGAAAUGCAAACCUUCAACUCUCUCUUAAACCACUCCCAAAUCUCUCUCCAGGACCUCCACGCCGACGCUCCCCACCAUUUGAAUCCCCCACCGCCGCAGAUCCCGGCGUCUCAGCUCCACCAUUUUGAUCCCGCCGCUGCCGCCUCCCACGACGACUUCCUCGAGCAAAUGCUCAACACAAUCCCCUCCUGUUCCUGGCCCGACCUCAACCCUUCAAACCCUAAAUCCCCUUGGGACCUUAACCCCAUCAAUAAGCCGUCAAGAGAUAUCUCCGACGACCACCACCAGAGCCACAUCACUGCUACAUCUCCGGCUGCCAAGGCCGCCGUCAUGCUCCAGCAACAGCUUCUCUUGAACAGAGGAAUCUCCGUCUCCGCUGGAAAUGGCGUCGCUGACCAUGGUCUCCCACCUAUGCCUCUCUCCCUCGGAAAUGCCGACUUAGACCGCUCCCAAAACGACGUCGUCGAGGGAUCCUGCUUCCGCACACCGAACUCGGGAGGUUCCAUUCAAUCGCAUAGCUUCGGAGCUCCAGGGAACGGGAUGAGUCAAACUCCGGCCGGUGGUUCAGUCGGAGUUUCUCCAUCUCAGCCGAAGCAGAAAGUCAGAGCUCGCAGAGGCCAAGCCACAGACCCACACAGUAUCGCCGAAAGGCUUCGAAGAGAGAGAAUUGCAGAGAGAAUGAAAGCACUGCAAGAACUCGUUCCCAACGCAAACAAGACAGAUAAGGCUUCAAUGCUGGAUGAGAUCAUCGACUACGUUAAAUUCCUCCAGCUCCAAGUCAAGGUUCUGAGCAUGAGCAGGUUGGGAGGUGCAGCAGCUGUGGCUCCUCUCGUUGCUGACGUGUCAUCUGAGGGAGGUGGUGAGUGUAUGCAAGGGAGUGGGGCCCAAGGUGGUGGUCGGAAUUCGAACAAUGGCGGGGGUGGUGGAAACCAAACGGCGUCGUCGAAUGAUAGCAUGACGGUGACGGAGCAGCAGGUGGCGAAGCUGAUGGAGAAGGAUAUGGGAUCGGCGAUGCAGUAUCUGCAGGGGAAAGGGUUGUGUCUUAUGCCGAUCUCUCUGGCGACGGCGAUUUCGACAUCCACUUGUCACACUAGGAAUCCGAUGAUGAACGGCGGUGGUCAGCAUCCGGUGAUGGGGACGAAUGGAGAAGGGCCGACGUCGCCAAGCAUGUCAGUGCUGACGGUGCAGUCGACGAGCAUGGGGAACGGCUCCGUUAAGGAUGCCGCCUCCGUAUCGAAGCCGUGAGGAGGACGGCGCGUGGAGGAUUGACUUUUGAGAAAGAGAAGUCAACGAGUGUAGAAGUCUACGAAAAUAAGGCAGUCUUUUAAUACGGCGCCGUAUUGUCGUGGACUUUGUUUGGCCUGUAAACCCUAAACCCUAACCUAAAGAAAGCCCUAAAAAAUUAAAAAAAAAAA